CCUCCCUCCCGGCGCCCGCCCAGCUGCCGCCCGCCGGCUCGCCCGUGCAGCGGCAAUGCCCGGGAGCCCGGCUCCGGCCCCGGCCCCGGUCCCCAGCCCGCCGAGGAAUUAGCCUCCGCGCACCGCGAGCGCGCCGCACAGACCUCGCACCCGAAGCAAGGAUGGGCAACACGGUGCACAGGACCUUGCCAGACCCGAGUCCCCCCACACGCCUCCUGGCCACCCGUCCCUGCUGUGGCCCCGGCCCCGAGCGGCGCCCAGUUCUGGGUGAGGCACCGCGCUUCCACACGCAGGCCAAGGGCAAGAAUGUGCGGCUGGACGGCCACUCACGCCGGGCCACGCGGCGCAAUAGCUUCUGCAACGGUGUCACGUUCACACAGCGGCCCAUCCGCCUAUAUGAGCAGGUGAGGCUGCGCCUGGUGGCCGUGCGCCCCGGCUGGAGUGGCGCGCUGCGCUUUGGCUUCACGGCGCACGACCCGUCGCUCAUGAGCGCCCAGGACAUCCCCAAGUACGCCUGCCCUGACCUGGUCACACGGCCCGGCUACUGGGCCAAGGCGCUGCCUGAGAACCUGGCGCUGCGCGACACGGUGCUGGCCUACUGGGCCGACCGCCAUGGCCGCGUCUUCUACAGCGUCAAUGACGGCGAGCCUGUGCUCUUCCACUGCGGAGUGGCCGUGGGCGGCCCGCUCUGGGCUCUCAUCGACGUCUAUGGCAUCACCGAUGAGGUGCAGCUCCUUGAGAGCGCCUUCGCCGACACGCUGCCGCCCGCGCGCCUCAGCCAGGCCCGCUUCAGCGCCUGUCUGCCGCCCAGCAGCCACGACGCGGCCAACUUCGACAACAACGAGCUCGAGAACAACCAGGUGGUGGCCAAGCUGGGCCACCUGGCGCUGGGCCGCGCGCCGGGCCCGCCGCCCGCCGACGCCGCGGCCGCCGCCAUCCCGUGUGGCCCCCGCGAGCGCCCGCGGCCCGCGUCGUCGCCGGCGCUGCUCGAGGCCGACCUGCGCUUCCACGCGACGCGCGGGCCGGAUGUGAACCUGUCGGCAGACCGCAAAGUGGCCUUCGCGCCGCGGCCCGAAGGCGGUCGCACCCUCGUCUUCUCGGAGCGCCCGCUGCGGCCCGGCGAGAGCCUCUUCGUGGAGGUGGGUCGCCCGGGACUGGCGGCGCCCGGCGCGCUGGCCUUCGGCAUCACGUCGUGCGACCCUGGAGCGCUGCGGCCCGCCGAGCUGCCGGCCGACCCUGACACGCUGCUGGACCGCAAGGAGUACUGGGUGGUGGCGCGCGCCGGGCCCGUGCCCAGCGGCGGCGACGCGCUCAGCUUCACGCUGCGGCCCGGUGGCGACGUGAUGCUGGGCGUCAACGGGCGCCCGCGCGGUCGCCUGCUGUGCGUGGACACCACGCAGGCGCUCUGGGCUUUCUUCGCCUUGCGCGGUGGCGCGGCCGGCCAGCUUCGCCUCCUCGGUACCCUGCAGUCCAGUCCCACAACUACAACUCCGUCAGGCUCCUUCAGCGGCUCCCAGGACGAUAGCGAUUCAGAUAUGACUUUCAGUGUCAACCAGUCCUCCUCGGCGUCAGAGUCAUCCUUGGUGACGGCCCCCAGCUCCCCACUGAGCCCCCCGGUAUCCCCAGCAUUCUCCCCACCAGAGCCAGCGGUCAGCAAGAAUGGCGAGUGCACGGUGUGCUUUGACAGCGAGGUGGACACUGUCAUCUACACGUGUGGACACAUGUGCCUGUGCCACAGCUGUGGCCUGCGGCUCAAGAGGCAGGCGCGGGCCUGCUGCCCCAUCUGCCGGCGGCCCAUCAAGGAUGUCAUCAAGAUCUACAGGCCCUAGCCUGGCCCUCCAGCCAGCCUUCGGUGCAGCAAGGUCACCUUUCUGAAGCUCCCACUGGGCUGGGCAGCCACCAUAACCACCAGGGAGUCCAAGGGCAGCAGCCAUCUCCCGUCUGCCACUCUCCAGUGGUGGGCAAGGCAUGACAGUUGUAGAGAUGAGGCCCUGGGGGUCUGAGCCCAGGCAAGGGUUGCUUCUGGCUCAAAAGUGCUUUGCCCCCAAAAGGCCAUCCCAAGCAAGCUCAGGAACUGCCUGGUAGAUGCCCUGUCCCUUGGUGACCUUUCAGCUGGGAACCAGCACCCUCUGUUGGUGCAAUGCUUCUUUCUGGGGUUGGGUUGAGUGUGUGAGGGGGGAGGGAGGGGGAGACUGCACAGAGAGAAUGUGAGGAGAGAGCCAGGAAGGCAUGGGUCUUUUACGCAGGGAUGCUGGCUCUGGGAGGUUAUUUAACACUAAGGACUGUGCAGUCCAGAGCCCAAAUGUUAGUGGAACUAGAAACUUCAUUUUCUGGGGCUGGGACGGAAGCUGGUUUUGAAUGUACAUGGCCUGAACCUACACAGCACUCUCUUGGAUGGUAUGGAAAAGAGGCACGGAGAUUUUCUAAGGGAAGGCAAAAAUAACUCAUUGUUUACAGCUCCGAAGCAGCCGCUCUUGGUGGCAGGAAGGUGGGUGGAGAACAUCAGAGACACUCACUUUUUUUGGUUCUUAGUCUGGGAGGAGCGUUUUCAUGGGUGCUAAGGCUGGGCACUCUGGGCUGUGGCAUCUUUUCACCCUUUACCCUCAAACAGCGUAAUAAGCACAUUGCACCUUGACUCAGUCCCUGGAUGCUUUCAAACUUUGUUAACACCCUGGCCUUCUCCAAGGAGAAGACUGGAGGAGGCACUUUUGUCCUGGGGAGAGGGAGGACCUUAGAGGCAGGUGACUCAAAUGGAACUUGGAAAUGCCACCACAGAGUACAGACAGCUGUCCGUAUUUCCGGGGGUGGCCCCUGGGCCUGGCACUAAGGGGCUGUGGCAUUCCCAGGGCCAGAGGCUGCCAGUGGAAGCAAGAGGGGAACCAGACUUUGAUGGUCCUUGCUCUGAUUCUCAGCACUUCCCUGUUGACUAGUAAAGUGUGGACUGAGGAGUGAGUUAAAUAAUCAUUGAGAUAUUAACUGACAGUGCUGACUUUGGGAUUCUUCCCCUUCCGAGAUCUGCUUGCUUGUGCUUCCCAUGACCCUGGCCCUGACCGCCUGGGCCCUCACCCAGCCCAUCUCUGCAGACCCCGUCUCUGCAAGACAUGGGGCUCAUGGGCUGACCCAGGCCUGCUCCUCGUUUCCUGCCCCAGUCUGGGCUCCCCCUCUGUCCUGUUCCAAGCUAUACCUUUGGGGGAGUUCCUUGGUCUUUCUGUUUCUGGGUUCCUAAUUAUCAGUCAAACACCUGACUCCUCCUCUAUCAGCUCUUAGGAGAAGGGGCCCAGCAUUCUAAAAAGUUUGAGCUAGGUUGCAAAGAGCAAUUAGCUUCUUUCUUUUUUUUUUUUUGGUACUGGGGAUCGAACUCAGGACCUUGUGCUUGCCAGGCAGGCGCGGUGCCACUGAGCUAAAUUCCCAGUCCAAUUAGCAUUUUUCUUACAGCUCCUAAUCACUUCAUCUCUUGCUGAGAGAGAGAGAGAGAGAGAGAGAGAGAGAGAGAGACAGAGACAGAGAGACAGAGACAGAGAGAGAGAAGAAAAAUGUUCAGGGAAUUUUUUCGUUCACUUAACAACCCCUUGCUGGGAGCCAGGCUAGGCUGGGCCUCCUGAGAUCCAGUUCCAGAAGACCAGCCCCCCACCCCCACCCUAAUCUGGAGGUCCUGGGCCAAGCGCUUUUUCUCUGGCUAGGAGUGGUUCUGGUUUUCUGACCUGAUCUGGACUUCAGAAACACUACUGUCUUGCCCAGCCAGACGCCCUGAUCUCUGACUUUCCCCUAAUGAAUCUGCCCAAAUUUUACCUUUGCAGCAGAAUCUUUUGAGGAGCUACUAGAACCCCAAUGUUUGCCAUGGUAAGAAUUUAAGAAUCAGGCAGCCCUGGGUGCCCAGCUGAAUUUGUUCAGCAGGACUUUUCCGUUUCCCUGUGUGCUGGGUGGUGUGGCCAGAGCCACCAGAGGCUCCGUCCCCCAACCGGAUUGAGACAGUCACAAAUUCCAAUGGCACCAGUGGCCUGGGAGAGCUGGCUGCCUCCUUCCUGCCCCUUGCCUUUCCCAGCUGACUCCUUGGUUCCAGCAGAGGUCACAUGUAGCCAACCCCGGGAAGCCAGAGCUGAGGGCAGGACCCAGGGUGGACCCGGCCUGCUUCUGGUGACCUGUUACCUGGGAAGAAAGGAGCCACCGGCCUGUUUAACCUGCUCUGCAGCCACUACAAAUAGCCUCCCUGUUUCCCAGAGGAGCUAAGGGGGUGUUUAUGCUCUGCAAACCAGACAUUUCCUGAUACUUAGGGAAUUGGCACGUCUUCUACUAUGCUUUGUCUGGAGAAGGGGUGGGAGAUGGAGGAAAAGGAACGAAGAUGUCUUUUAUUCACACCUACUAUGUGCCUUGGCGCUGAGCUACAGAGGCACCUUCAUGCAUUGGCCCCAGGAAGCCAAUCUUAGUGCCAUAUCAAGCCCCUUCUAAGACGCCUCUGAUAAGAAGACACCAUUUUAUGUACCACUAAGAAACCACUGCCAAUUUUAGCUAAGAUGCCACAACUAUAUAAUCCCUUCCAAUUGGAGGUGUUCAAGUGUGAAGAACUGUGAUUCUUAGAAUCCAGGAAAGAAGAUAUUGUCCCCACUUGACAGGUGAGAGAAUUGAGCUUCUUUAAGUGAAGUAACUUAAGGAUCGCAUAACAGGAAGUGGGUAGGACUGGGAUUCAGGCCUAGGCACAUCUGGCACCAAUCCCGUGCUCCCCACUGCUGGCCCCUGGGCCCCAGAAAGCUCCAGGUGGUCCGUGUUUUCUUCCUUGAAACUUCUGACCCGAGCCUGGGCAUGUGUGCCUAUUGAAGUUUCCAGGCUACAGCCCCUCUGCUGCCUGUACCAUGCAAGGACAAGUGUCCUCCUUUACUGGCUCCUUGCUCACUGCCACAUUCUCCCAGUCAAGCUGAGCAUGGGAGAGCUUGGCUCCAGCCCGGGGUCUUCUGCUACUCAGAAGCGCCCACGAAGGCAGCCUUGUGCAGGGCCCCUAGCCCCCAGCUUACCAGGCUCACUGCCCAUGGUGAGCCCUUUGGGGCUGUAGCGGCCAGGGCUCCACAGGCAGGAUGGGAAAGACCAGGAGACACCACAUUUGUCAUGGUCUUGUCCCUGUCCACUCGGAGCCUCCUGGAAAGCUUGGCUGCCUCCAAGGCAAAUCCAGCCCCCUUUUCUAGUGCAUUCCCGGAACGAGGAGUCUUGGGAUUUAGCCACUGGGGCAGCUGCUCCCUGACCUGCAGCCCCACUUCCUCUGUCAUUUGACAUUGACAAGAACAGGAUAUAUUCUGGGCACAGGGUUGAGAACCGAGACCAAAGGCAAAGCCAAUAAGGAGCUCACAGUCUGGAGGAAAUGGUCAGAUUGCAGCAGAAGCCUGAUUAUCAGUGUUCAGGGGGCUGGUACAAUAAUUCUAGAUGCACAAAGUCGUUCAACAAACACUUGCUAAAUGCCCCUUUGCUAUGAGGUGCAGGGGAUGGAGCAGAAGGACCAUGCCCCAGUUCUGAUGCCAGAGGUAUAACAUUAACAGGGUCCUGAGAUGUGAGGGGCAGAAUGCAUUAGGCUUUCCUGGCCCUUCCAUUGUCUCCUGUCCGUCUAGGUAAGUGCCCAUUGACUGCCUUCCCAGCCAAGAGUCUGCAGCAUGCUUUGCAGAACCUCUUCUGCAUUAGAAAUGGGGGACCCCUGGGAUCUCACAGUCUCCUGCAGGUCAUGCCAGGGGGGAACUGGGGAGAUGCCACCUGCUACUUCCAGGUCCUAGAACUCCCUCCCAAGGCCCAGGAGAACCCCAAGGGAGUCCAUGCCAGCUGAGAAUGUGGUUGUGCAAAGACUUGGUGAACGAGAGGCAAUAACCUCCCACUGCUGGACCCCAUCAAUGCCCCAGUCUGGCAGGGGGACACCAGCUCAGGAACAUGUGGCCUCCUGGUAUUUCUUGGUAUUUAACUGUCUCAUUGUCUUAUCCAAGUCCCUAAUGAAAUGAUUUGUACAACAAUCUGUCUGUGCCUUAUGAAAGUGUCUGUGCACUUUUUAUCCUUUUUAAAAGCAACUUUUUAAAAGUGGACGGGGGACAAGCAGACAUGGUAGGGUUCUGGAAACCUGUGGUUAAUCAUCAAAACCCUCUUGCAUUAUUGUGGAUGUUGGAGUGAUAAAGUGUCCACCCUCAGCCCACUCCCCACAACCUGUGUACAGACCUUUUAAAAUGUCUAUCCCUCUUAUUUUUCUGUUUCAAUACUGUGACCUCUCCAAUACAGUCUAAUCUUUGGGGAACUAUACUAAAGGUUUUAAAACUUGGGGGAGUGGGUUGGAAAGGGUUUGCACUGGUCUUUGUGUAUUGUGCUUUUGUGUGUUGUGUGUUUUGAUUUUUGUCUGUUUUUAUCUGUUUUAUAUUAACAUAAUUUUCCUGUUUGAAAAACAAAUAUAACUUUGGCUUGUUAAAAAAAUAAAGUUUCGGGCCGGGGAUUUAGCUCAGUGGUUUUGCCGCCUGCUGC